AUGGCACGCGGGCGCGCCGUCUCCAGUAAUGACCGCCGCGCCGCGGGCGUCGGCUGCAGCCUGGCGUCGAGCGGCCUUCCUUUUGUGGCAGACACGCGGUACGGAAACCUGGCGCCCAAGACGGCGGCGGGCAAGGUGGCGACCAUGGUGUACGCCAUCGUGGGCGUGCCGCUGAUGCUGCUCUGCCUGUCCAACCUGGGCGCGCUGCUCGCCGACACCUUCCAGUUCGCCUACUCGCAGGCGCACGCCUGCUCUCGGAUAACAGUGGUGGUGGUGCUGAUGCAGGUGCGUCAGCUGCUGACGGAGUGCGCAGAGUAUCAGGUGUCGCAGGCGGGCGGCGGCGCGCCGGACGCGGCGGCGACGCGGCUGCUGCGCGAGCUGCGCCACGCGGCGGCGCACGACACGCCGUCACGGGUUCCCCUGAUCUGGAGGCCGACCGAGCAGCAGCAGCAGCAGCAGGCCGGCGGCGGCGGCCCCCAGCUGCACCUGCAGGCGCUGCCCCAUAAGCGGCCGCCCACGCCGCCCCCGAGGCGCGUGUCGCACGCGCAUGCGCACGCACACCAGCCUGACGUCACCGCCGACGCCACGCCGGCUUCCUGCACCGCCACGGCCGACUCCGCCGCCCCGGGCGCCAACCACGACGCCGCAAGGCACCGCAACGAGGCGCUGCAGAGCCGGGUGCCGGUGUGGCUGGUGCUGGUCGUGCUGACGGGCUACAUCUGCCUGGGCGCCGCCAUCUUCGCGCGCUGGGAGGACUGGAGCUUCCUGGACGGCGCCUACUUCUGCUUCAUCACGCUGUCCACCAUCGGCUUCGGCGACCUGGUGCCGGGCAAGUCGCUGCGCACGUUCCAGCAGCGCGCCGAGCUGCAGCUGGUGGCGUGCUGCGCCUACCUGCUGCUCGGCCUGGUGCUGAUCGCCAUGUCGUUCAGCCUGGUGCAGGCCGAGGUGGUGGCGCGCUGCCGGCAGGCCGCCGCCUCGCUGGGGCUGCUCAAGCGGUAG